AUGAGGAAGCAAAGGAAGAAGACAGAAGACGAGAAGAGAUGGAAAAUGGGAAUGGAGAAGGAAAGCGAGAGUUCAUAAACCAAAACAAUAACGGUUUCUUUGACUCCAUGUCAAUGCUUUCCUCUCUUCCUCCUCCCUGGGGCUCAUCUCUUCCCCCUUCUCCUCCUCCUCCGCAUUCACUCCUCCACGCUCUCACCGUCCCCGACAAGUUCCAUCAACCUCAGGAGUCUGGUGGUCCAACAACGGGUAGCCAAGAUGGGUUGCAGCAUGCACAAGGGACAGUGUCGACCACCACGAGCCCACCUGUGGCCCGCCAAAAGCCAAGGGUGCGAGCCAGGAGAGGCCAAGCCACUGAUCCUCACAGCAUCGCUGAACGGUUGAGAAGGGAACGCAUUGCAGAGAGGAUGAAGUCUCUCCAAGAACUGGUUCCCAACACCAACAAGACGGAUAAGGCAUCAAUGCUGGACGAGAUCAUUGAGUAUGUUAGAUUCCUUCAGCUUCAAGUCAAAGUACUAAGCAUGAGCAGACUGGGAGCUGCAAGAGCAAAUGGUCCACGCCUCAAUGGUCUCACCUCCGAGGUAGGAGGACGGCUCAACGCACUCUCAGUACCAUCCAAUGGCGUUGUAAAUGGGAAUGGAAACGCAACAGGAUCAUCCAAUGAGAGCCUACGGUCAACGGAACAGAGGGUGGCGAAACUGAUGGAAGAAGACAUGGGAUCAGCAAUGCAGUAUCUUCAAGGGAAGGGGCUUUGUCUAAUGCCCAUCGCUCUCGCAACUGCAAUGUCAUCUUCAUCUGCUCACUCUCGUGGAGCUCUCUUCAACCCGACCUCAAAUAUCGUAGCAACAGAGGAGCAAAUGUAG